AUGCAUGACGUGGCAGCGGUCCUAAAUUACGAGGAAGACGUGGCAGCAUACACGAUCAAAGCCGCCACAGAUCCAAGGGCCAGGAACCGGGUGCUAAUCAUAAGGCCCCCCGCCAACAUUGUCUCCCAGUUGGAUUUGGUUUCUUCUUGGCAGAUCAAGACUGGACGCACCUUUCAUAUUACUCACCUGCCUGACCAACGAAUCGUCCAACUAGCUCGGAGCUUGCCACAGCCGGACAACGUAGCAAUGGCGAUCCUUCACAACAUAUUCGUGGAGGGAGCUCAGUUAAGCUUUGAGCUGGAAGAGAAAGAUCUAGAAGCAUCCAAUCUCUACCCUGACUACAACUACACUUCGGUGGAUAGCCUCCUCGACAUUUGUUUGGUCAAUCCUCCCGACCCCAAAUUAGCUACUUUUGUCUAA